UGCUGUUUUAUUCUUGGAAUAUUUGCUAAUAAUUAUUAUGGAAGAGGAGACUGUGGAGUCACACUUCUGAAAUCCAGACGUGUAAAACUCAGUUGCUAGUCUAUUCUUGUGUUCUCAAAAGGCCGCAUCUGAAACCCCUUUACUGGACACCUGGUGCUCAUGUUUUUUGUGGAGAUGCAAAAGCUCCAAGUAACUCUUGGGGAUUGAUUUCUGCCCUGUGGAAGCCAGACAGCUGGUCCUGCCCGGCUCACCUCCAAUCAUAGUGCUUCAGGGGGUUCCCAGCUGGCUCCUAGGCUCUGAAACUAUUAACAUAGUCUCUUUUUGAGCCAGAGUAUAAAGACCAAAGAUCCCUUCACAUCAGUUUAGACCCUGUGAUUUCAGAGAAACCAUUAAAAGACACAUAAGGCACCUCAGGUGAGAGAUGAAGAAUCCCCAAGUAACCUAACUCCACUUAAUCUCUUCCUCCCGAGGACCCUGAACAGAAUCAGCCUGCCCUGCCCAGCUGCCACAGUAAGGCAGAUGGGUGACUAGAAACCUGUAGAUUUAAAGCAUUUAUCUUCUGAAGUAUUUUUCAUUUAAAAUAUAUGCACUUUGGGAACUGCCAGCGCCCAGUAAAUCGCCAAAAUGACCAACACAAAGGGAAAGCGGAGGGGGACUCACUAUAUGUUCUCUAGACCUUUCAGAAAACAUGGAGUUGUUCCUUUGGCCACAUACAUGCGUAUAUACAAGAAAGGUGAUAUCGUAGACAUAAAGGGAAUGGGCACAGUCCAAAAAGGAAUGCCCCACAAGUGUUAUCAUGGCAAAACUGGAAGAGUCUACAAUGUUACCCAUCAUGCUGUUGGCAUUGUCGUUAACAAACAAGUUAAAGGCAAGAUUCUUGCCAAGAGAAUUAAUGUCCGCAUUGAGCAUAUUAAGCACUCUAAGAGUCGAGACAGCUUCCUGAAACGGGUGAAGGAAAAUGAUCAAAAAAAGAAGGAAGCCAAAGAGAAAGGGACUUGGGUUCAACUGAAGCGCCAGCCUGCUCCACCCAGAGAAGCCCACUUUGUAAGAACCAAUGGAAAGGAACCUGAGCUGCUGGGGCCCAUCCCCUAUGAAUUCAUGGCAUGAGAAGUGUUUGUUUAAAAAUAAAGAGACUCCUAGACUAUAAAAAUAAAUAAAUAAAUAAAUAAAAUAUAUGCACUUUGGGUCAGUGUAGUAGGUAAAACGCUUGCCUUGCGUGCAGCCAAAUUGGGUUCAAUACUUGGCACCAUAUACGCACCCCUGAGCCUGCUAGGAGUGGUCCCUUAACACCGCCUGAUGUGGCCAAAAAGACAAAAAAUAAAAAUACAUAUAUAUGCACUGGAUUUUAAAGGACACAGUUCUCAACUUUAUGUCUCAAAGAGAGAUUGAGAGAAGGUGGAAUGGUUUAUAAAUGUAAGCAAAGCACUAAAAGGCAGCGUUGUGGUAUUUCUGGUGAAUAGGGUGGGAGGCAGUGGGGGACUGACCCACUCACCUUCCUUUUUGAGUCUUUCGUUUAAUUUCCUUCCCAUAAUUUAAUUGGUAGGUUUGUAGAUAGAUGUUUACUUGGUCUGAGCACUAUCCUGGGGUGUGUGUGUGUGUGUGUGUGUGUGUGUGUGUGUGUGUGUGUGUGUGUGUGUGUGUGUGUGUGUGUGUGUUCUGUUCUCUUUUUUAUGGUUAGUAAUUUUAUUUUAUAAAGUAGUUCGCAAUAUUUGAUUACAUUUAAUAUUCAAACACCAAUCCCACCACCAUUACACCUUCCCACCACCGUAUUUCACAUGUUUUCAUCCUGAACCCCAACCCCUGUCCCAGAGCAGAAAUGAAAUAAUUUAUUUUGUAUUGUUUGUUAUGAAAAACCACUGAAAAUGCUACAAAAAUGUUUUCUUUGAGGCUGGAGUGAUAGCACAGUGGAUAGGGCAUUUGCCUUGCACAUGGCCAACCCGGGUUCAAUUCCCAGUACCCCAUAUGUUCCUCUGAGCACCGCCAGAGGUAAUUCCUGAGUGCAUGAGCCAGGAGUAACCCCUGUGCAAUGCUGGGUGUCACCCAAAAAGCAAAAAAAAAAAAAAAGUUUCCUUAGAGGAAAGAGUGUGAAGAUUGUGGUAUUUCACCCAAAGGCCAUUGACCCCUUCUAUAAGACAUCACUAACUAACAGGUUAUUAAAGGUUGAGCCUUGUGUGCUUAUACAUACAUAUGUGUGUGUAUGUGUGUGUGUGUGUGUGUGUGUGUGUAAAAAAUUUAUUUCCCUCUAAGAUUGGUUGCCUCCAGCUUUAAAUCCCAUCAAAUGCAGUACAGUACUCUUGGACUGUGGGUGGUGUGAGGUAUGAGUUGUUGCGGUCCAGGAAUAGGUUCAUUCAUGAGCGAGGUUUGGCCUAAGCAUGUGGAGAGCGGCCGUGAGCAUGGCGGUAGUUGAGUUCUGGAGGCUUUCGGAUGUGAGGGCUGGGUUCCUUGGGGCAGGGAGAGGUCUCACCUGUCACCCUCUGGGGCACACUGAAUGAGACAGCCUGGCAUGGAGUCCGGUGGCAUGGUUAAGGCAUGUGUCACAUUAUGCUCCCUUCCAGGCAAAAACAUGCAGCUCUGGAUUGUGGCCGAUGAUGAGAUGAUCUGGCCCCAGCCAGAGGCAGCUUAUGGGCAUGUCUGCAGAGUUGCCGAAAGUAGGAGCUUUGCGUCAGGUGGCCUGAGUCUGAUCCCAGCAUCUCAUGGUCCCCUGAACGCCCACCAGGAGUAGCCUCUGAGCAUUGCCAGGCAUUGCCCCCAAACUAAGCCAGAGAGCCAUGAUGCGUUCUGUUCUUACAUGCAUCUUUGGCUUGGUUUGGUUUGAGUUGCUGGGGUCAGACCCAGGCCACCUGCAUGCAAAGCAAGGGUUCAGCCCAGUCAGUCAUCUCUGUGGCCCUACACGCUUUUCUUUCGUGUUAUGGGGUUGGAUUGGGCAGGUUGGGGGGGGGGGUGUAGUGAACUUUAUUCCCCCCGCCAUAUCUCCCCAGAGGUACAUGUGUGCAUGGACUGAGUGUGCCGGGCAGAAACCUUCCUGCCUGUGUGAGCGACUGCUGAGUCCGCCCAAUUAAUUUGAUCAAAUCACGUAUUCUGAAUAACAACUAUAAAGUGAAAACUCCAAUCUUUAUACGUUAACCACCAGAAAAUUCUCCCGAUCCUCUUCCGUCAAAUUUAAUCUGGUAGAUUGGCUUACCAAACAUCAAGGUAGUACCCCUGAUGUUUCUUAGAAACACAAUGAAUAAAAAUGUGUUGGUGGUAUCUAUACUAUAAAUUGUAUUAAAAAGAUAUUGUUGCAACACAGACACUGAGAGGUCAUCAUGGUUGGCCCAUUAUCUACUUUCGGCACACAUCUCCCAUCCCGACUGAUUCCUCCAGCCAUCAUUUUCUUAGUGAUCCCUUCUCUAUUCCAUCUGCCUUCUCCCCUCUGCUCAUGAAGCAGGCUUCCAGCUAUGGGGCAAUCCUCCUGGCCUUUGUAUCUACUGUCCUUGGGUGUCAGCCUCAUGUGAUGUUAUUCUAUACUCCACAAAUAAGUGCAGUCCUUCUAUGUCUGUCCCUCUCUUUCUGACUCAUUUCACUUAGCAUGAUAUUCUCCAUGUCUAUCCAUUUAUAAGCAAAUUUCAUGAUUUCAUCUUUCCUAACAGCUGCAUAGUAAUCCAUUAUGUAGAUGUACCAUGGUUUCUUUAAACAGUCAUCUGUUCUAGGGCACUUGGGUUGUUCCCAGAUUUUGGCUAUUGUGAACAGUAACUAUCUCACGGUGAGUCAAUACCAUUAAUAAAAACAAAAAAAGAUAUUGUUUGGGGCAGAGAGAUGGUACAGCAGGUAAGACACUUGACUUGCACAUAACUGACCCGGGUUCGACCCCCAGCAUCCCAUAUAGUGCCCUGAGUACCACAAAACAAAAAGUUAUUGUGUGCUGGGGUUGUGGCUCAGUGUUGGAACACUUUCCUUGCGUGUUUGAGGCUGUUUUUAUCCCCAGCAUUCGUGUGGAGGUUAAGUUCUGAUGCAGUACAAGGUGAGUUCUCCGUAAGUGCAAAGCAUUUCUGUGAAGAACGGAGUCUGCCUCCGGCUAAUGGGGGCCGCAUGAGACCGAGCCAGCCCAGAUAGGCUUCUCAUGCCCUUAGUGGGAAAGAGAUCUCCUAAUACGAAUGCGAAACAUGCCUCUUUCUGCCCGAGACACCUUAGAGCCCCUUGCUCAGUGCCGAAAGGAAGUCAGAACCAUCUCUUCCUAUAGACAGAUUUUUGUUUGUUUUGUUUUGGGGCUCUGCCUGGCAGUGCUCAGGGAUCACUCCUGACGGACUUGGGGAACCAUCACUGCUGCCGGGAAUCAAACAAAGCGCCCAGCCUGCUGUACCAUCUCUCCAACCCCUGUAUGGAACUUUCUGAAGUAUAACUGGAGGUAGCCCCUGUCCUGCUUCACAGAUGGGGGCUGGGGCAAGGUUUGGCCAUACCUAGCAGUGCUGAGGGGUUUCUCCUGGUGCUGCGUUUGGGUUCCCUUCCUGAUGCUAGAGGGAUCUUAUGUCAUUCCCAGAAUGGAACCAGUUUUCCCCACAUGCAAGGAAGUGUCUUAACCCUUGAACUAUUUCUCCAAUCCCUGCUUUGCAGAUUUUCUUUUUCCUUUGUUUGUUUGGUUGGUUUGGGGUCACACCCAGCAGUGCUCAGGGCUUACUCCUGGCUCUGCCCUCAGGGAUCACUCCUGGCAGGGUCAGGGGACCAUAUCAAGUGCCAGGGACCAAACUCAGGUCAGCCAGAUGCAAGGCAAGCCCUAGCUGCUGUGCUAUAGCACUCAUGCGUCUGCUUCACAGAUAUUCAUAUGAAGCAAAUUAACAAUGUAUCAAAUAGGAAGUGGUGUGUGGUUGGGGGCAAAUUGGAGUCUAUGAGGGUAGUAUUUUAUAAUAUUGAUGAGUUUAGUGUUUUGGAAUUUGUUCUCAAGUGAGAAUGCAGUGAUCAGUGGUGACCAGCUCUGGAAGCACCUGUGACAGUGAGAGUAGAGCCAGUGUUCGCCAGGAAAUGCAUCGUUACAGACUGGGACUUGUGUGUUCUUGCUUCCCGCCAAUACUUCCCCAUGGCCCACUCACUAGCCAGGGGCUUCCAGCCUUCCGGAGGGCUCCUUUGUCCAAACAGGAGUUGGGAGCAGGAGAGUGGGAAGAGAUGAGUGCCUGAGAUAGAACAAGGCCCCACACUUGUUCUCAGGGGCCCCUAUUUUACUUCUUUGAGCUUCAGAUCCCUUGUUUGAAAGCAGAGAAAUCAGUACCUACUUAGGUACUAAGGCCAGAGUGGAGGUCAAAUGAAUAACACAGUGAGGGUGUUUAAACUACCCAAGAGGCCAGUGCUCCUUCUGCACCCCGCUGGGCUCUGACGGAAUGUGGCCUCUGCCUCACAGGUGAAGGAGAAGGGUGCUGAGGCUCUGCUGGCGGCAGUGAACUGAGUCCAUCUGCUUGGGUUGAGGCAGGCAGGGAAGCAGCAAAGAAACUGGAGUGAGUGUGUGACCCGGCUGGGAGCAAGUGUCCAGCAGGACAAUGUUCGGAUGGACAUCAGAGGGGUGGCUGGAGGCCAGCAGACACAGGUGGUUUGGAGAGUGACCAGUAUGGUGCUUUUUAGAAAGCAACAGAAAGCUGUCACCUGGUAUUUAAAAGUAGGGUCUGUCUGCCAUAGCCUCUGUUUCACUCAUCUCCAUAAAAGCAAAGAAAUUACUCCAAAGCAAUACUCCCCUGCCUGCUCACUUAGGAUUUGAGUCUGGAGUAGAAGUCCCCUCACUUGACUCUCCCCCCACCCUACACACACACACACACACUUGGUUUCUUCUUUCAAAAUAAUAUUCAUUGGGUAUUUUUUCUAAUUACAAAAGUAGUAUAAUAUAUUACGGAUAUUUCGGAGCAUACAGUAAAGUUUCAAAAGCCUGAAUGGCCAAAGAUGUAGCUCAGUACUUGAGCACUUGGCCUGUAUAAGACCCGGGUGAAUCUGGCAGAAAAGAUUCACCAGCAGAAAAGGAACAAAAGAGAGAAAGUGGGAACCAUGCCAUGCGGAGAGCGAUGCCUGGGGAGGCUCACCCAGUUCCUUUCUAACUGGGUUUGUUCACAGCGUUUCCUAAUCUCUGUUGUGAAAAUAUUGUGUUGCUGCAUUGUUUCUCUCAUAGCAAGAAUGUAUAAGGACAUGGGCGACAUGAACUCCCUGAAAGGAAUUAAAAGCUACAUUACAUGCUGUCCUGAAAGUGGAGAUGCAUCAGCCCCCGGCAGGUCCUUUCUUGGGGAGCUACCUGGUUGCACUCCUGCCACUCUCCACCAACAAGCACCCAGAGUGCACACCUGGUGUGUGGGGCUCGUGCCAGCAGGGUGACAGUGCUUGUUGCACUUUGUGGGAUUUCUCCUGAGUCCCAACAUAGACUCUAGGAGCUUUGAAAACUAGGACGUUGGUGUAGAGCCCUGCGGCGCAGACCGGCUUGUGAGGAGGAAGGAGCCAUUCUCCCAUGUACUCCCCACUGGCAGCGCUCCGCACUGACACCCCCACUCUGACUUGAGUUCUGAGUUUGACUCACUAUCAGAUUCACAGGCCAGAGCACUCGAGAGAACACAGUGAUAGGCACAGGCAUUCAUGCAGUCGCUGAGUAAAGGGCCUCCCUGUGGACUCAAGCUGGGCUAUUCUGGGAGCCCUGUUAGACUGGGCGUCCCUAGCUCCGCACCCACCCCUCAGUGCUAAGGCAGUUUCCCUGGCACUAUCCCCUGUGUGUGUCCUGUGGUUCUGUGAUGGUCCCUUGCUGAGCUCCUCUCCCUCUUCCUUGAGUCCCCAUCAGGUGUCCCUUGGUCCUAGAGAUGUCUGUCCAUGCACUGUCUUCCUCAGCUCUAAUCGCCAUUGUUACUGCGAGUUUUUGGCACGUCCUGUCAACUCACCCCAUUUUGGUCUUAUGGUCCAAAGAAUGACGAAACUUUCCCCAAUGGUGGCAUCAAAUGGAGGCAAGGGGGUGACUCUCCCUGGCAGAGGGGGGUAGUGGUACCGAUGCAGUAGCAUGUGUGGGGGAUACAUUUUCCCAAACAAGCCCUGGCUCACAGUGGAGGGCAGUGCCCAGGUCAGAGGCCAGGAAGCCUGCCCCAGGGUAGGUGCAACCCCCUUGCUGUGAGCCUGGCCCGGGGGUGUCGCCACUCCCUCCUCCAGUACUCACUCAGAAUUAGUCUUCCAGCAUGUAUGUUGAUGGUGACGUCUGAGAAUAUUGCACAUGGAUUUGCUUCUCGGUCCUGGGAAGCAAUCUGAGCUCCGAAAUUUAAUUAUCUUCCACAGACAUAAGCUUUGUGGGGGGAGGCAGAGAAGAGGUGUUGGGUUUGGGGGGGCCUCAUCUGGUGGUUCUCAGGGGUAGGAGUGACUCCUAGCAGUGCUCAGGAGACUAUAUAUGGUACUGAGGAGUCGAGCCAGGGCCAGCCGUAUGUCAGGCCAGUGCCUGACCCCCUGCACUGUCUCUCCAGCCCCAGGUACAGACUUUCUGGGGGGGAGCUUAAAACCCAAAAGACAACCAGGGGUGGUUCCACAGUCACUGCCCUCCUAGUGGGGCGGGGGGGAGAAGAGACACCCCCACCCGUGCGUGCUGGACCCAGCCUUCCCGGGCCCUCAGACCUGCCCUGCCGCCAGGCCUGCUAUUCAGUUUCCCUGCUGGAAAAAGGACUUAAUUCAUUUGUAGACUGUUUCCCUUGUUUCUGCUUUUCCAUUUCUUGUAUUUUUGCUUUUCCUCCUGUUUUUCCUUUCUCACUUUUAUGCCUUUUGUCCUCUGCUUGUUUUUUACUUCACCUUAUCCUUGUCCCUCUCCACUUCCAAAUUCCUCCUCUUUUUCCUCUUCCUUUUUGUCUUUCUCCGUCUCCUCCUCUUUCUUGUUUGGUCCU